GAAUCUCUCAAAGAAUCAAAGAUUUCCCAAGCUAAUAAUCUGUGUAGCGAGCCCCGGUAUGUUAUACAGCUCUACAUGAUUAAAUCAUAAAACUAAUAUAGCUCUCAGCCUCGGGCUCAAUUCCCGAGUUCAUGAUGAACUUCGAAUGCUUUUUUUGCAAUUUUUCUUUUUUUUGGGUCAGAUUGACCUGGUUGGUUGGCUUGCAGAAGGUAUUUUUUAUGUGGGGAAGCGAGGAUGUCAAGCGAGCUUUUCGAGAUCCGGUCCGGCCCCGGAGUAGUAAAGCACAUUCAUUAUAGUCUGGCAAUUUUCUUUUCAACUCUGAGAUGCUUUUCUAAGCCUCGACUUCCUAUUUAUUGAAGACGAGGUGCAGGUGUCCAGCUGUUUGUCCUAUGAACGUGAUUCGCAAGUCACCUACCAGUACUUUCCGCAUGGAGACAAAUUUUCACCGAACGUUGCAUUUCUUGAAGGAGGAAGAGAGAAAGAUAAAAGUAUGUGUGAAAUGCAGAGUAAUCACUUUCAGACUAUAUCUGGCAAGUGCUACUGCUUCAUUCUCCAGUCAGCUUCUUGACAUUAUAGCAUGGUCAAAACAGAAAGUGUUACAGCUUGAAUUGUUUGUAUGCUCUCAGAAUUAUUUGGUCAAAAUUCGUCUGUCAUCCUUGUGCUUCAAGCAUUGUCAGACCAUGAUUGUGGCUGCUAUAAUCUUAGUUCCUGAUUCCCAAAGUCUGUUUCCUUCAUGCACUCAGAAGCUCUGUCCGUUCACUCAACGUGACAAUGAACAAGCCAUUGACAGUAAAAUCCACUUGACAGCAGAAAAUUCUUUAACGGUGAAAAUAAUAUCCCGAAACGAUAACAAGCAUCCGCAGCAGACAAACGCCGUCGCAACGGCCAAAACUGCUGCAGAACAGCACUUGAUUUGCUGUAGCCGACCGUACCUGGAUACCUCAAACCCGUGGUUCAGCAAGGAACCGUGUCCAUUAUUUGUUUGAAGAAGUUGAGGAGGCAAGGUGGGGGUUUAUAUAGGCAAGUCCAGCCGAGAUAUGAGUCACAAGGCUGCUUGCAAUUGUGGGCUUGAUGGUUGAGUGAAUAAAUUUUUUUGCUCAAAGUUGAAUCUUUAUGGUCCUAAGGCAAAAGACUUGAGCAAUACAACUCACUCACUUCACCCAGUGAAUCUAUUCAAGUUCUA